AUGGAUGAUCUCUUUGAUGUCUUUGAGGCCAAGCCUCAGGGAUCAGCACCAAUCGCUGGUGCCCCCAAGCGCUCCAAGAAGGAAAAGAAAGACAAGAUCAAGAAGCGCCAAGCAAAUGGAGAUGUCAAGGAAAAUGAAAACGCGACAACAACGAAACGGGAGGGUAGCCCCGAGGACCAGGAUAUGGUAGAUUCGAUACCUGCAGAGACUGAAGAGCUUGCUACCUCCGAAAAAGCCCAGCCAGCCGUGAAACGACCCCGCAUCGAAGAAGAACCUACAUCUGUUGUUGCCGACACCUUCGAAGCCGAACAAAACGUCGAGAUUGCUGCUUCCACUGGUCUUCAAGCAACCCAGGAUUCCUCACCAGUGAUCUUGUCACACCAAGUACGCCACCAAGUUGCGAUCCCCCCCGGCUAUCCCUACGUGCCUAUCUCGCAACACAAGCAACCCGAAGAGCUUGCAAAGACAUAUGCUUUCACUCUCGAUCCUUUUCAACAGCUUGCGGUCAAUUCCAUUCAGAGAGAGGAAAGUGUGUUGGUUUCAGCGCAUACCAGUGCCGGAAAGACAGUGGUUGCCGAAUACGCCAUCGCACAGAGUCUCAAACGCAAUCAGAGAGUCGUCUACACCAGUCCAAUUAAAGCCCUAUCCAACCAGAAAUACCGUGAAUUUGCGGCAGAGUUUGGUGAUGUUGGACUGAUGACCGGUGAUGUGACCAUUAACCCCACCGCAACCUGUCUCGUUAUGACCACCGAGAUUCUUCGUUCUAUGCUGUAUCGUGGUUCGGAGAUUAUGCGUGAAGUUCAGUGGGUGAUUUUUGAUGAAAUCCAUUACCUGCGUGACAUUAACCGUGGUGUUGUUUGGGAGGAGACUCUUAUCCUGCUGCCCGAUAAGGUGCGAUAUGUCUUCCUGUCUGCCACCAUCCCCAACGCCAUGCAGUUCGCCGAGUGGAUCGUGAAGAUGCAUAAGCAGCCUUGCCACGUUGUCUACACCAACUACCGCCCAACCCCUCUACAACACUAUUUCUUCCCCGCUGGCUCCGAGGGCAUGCAUCUUGUCGUGGAUGAGAGUGGCAGUUUCCGGGAGGAGAAUUUCCAAAAGGCAAUGAGUACAAUUGCGGAAAAGAAGGGAGACGACCCCAGCAAUGCCCUGGCAGUCCGGAAAGGAAAGGGCAAGGAUAAGAAGCUGAACAAGGGAGGUGAGAAAGGCCCAUCCGAUAUCUUCAAGAUUGUGCGAAUGGUUAUGAUGAAGAACAUGAAUCCCGUCAUCGUCUUCAGCUUCAGCAAGCGUGAAUGUGAACAAGGUGCUCUUGAGCUGAAAAAUCUCGCCUUCAACGAUGAUUCCGAGAAGGAAAUGGUUUCCAAAGUAUUUGAGAGUGCCCUUGAAAUGCUCUCUCCGGAAGAUCGGCAACUGACACAGAUUACCAAUAUCCUGCCUCUUCUUCGCAGAGGUGUUGGUGUUCACCACUCUGGUUUGCUGCCUAUCCUCAAGGAGACCAUUGAGAUUCUUUUCCAGGAAGGUCUGAUUAAGGUUCUUUUUGCCACUGAAACAUUCUCCAUCGGUCUCAACAUGCCUGCCAAGACUGUGGUAUUCACCAGCGUGCGAAAGUUUGAUGGCACAAGUCAACGAUGGGUCACUCCCUCCGAGUUCAUCCAGAUGUCUGGACGUGCCGGUCGAAGAGGUCUUGACGAGCGUGGUAUUGUCAUCAUGAUGGUUGGCGAGGAAAUGGACCCUGCCGUCGCCAAGGAAAUUGUGCGUGGUGAGCAAGACCGCCUCAACUCGGCAUUCCACUUGGGCUACAAUAUGGUCCUCAAUUUGAUGCGUGUGGAGGGCAUUUCCCCACAAUUCAUGCUUCAGUCAUGUUUCAAGCAGUUCCAAACAUCAGCCGGUGUUGUAACUUUGGAGGAUGAGUUGAGCAAAUUGGAGGAGAAGAAAGCCAACAUGAUUAUUUCCGAUGAAGGAACCAUCCGUGAAUACUAUGAAUUACGCAAGCAGCUGGACCGUUUCGCUGACGAUGUUCGCGCGGUGAUCACUCAUCCGAAUUACGUUCUUCCAUUCCUCUCGGACGGUCGCUUAGUUCACAUCAAACACAAGGACCAGGACUUUGGCUGGGGUAUCGUGGUUGGUUACAAGUCACGAAAGCCCAUGAAGAACACUUCAGAGGAGUAUCCUCCCCACGAGAGCUAUAUUUUAGAUGUCGUGCUUAAUAUUGCCGAUGGGCCUGCUAUUGGUACCAAGACUUUCCAGGACAUCGCAUCCGGUGUGCAACCUGUGAAGGAAGGCGAUAAGGGCCGCAUGGAGGUUGUUCCGAUGAUGUUCACUUGUCUCUAUGAAAUAUCUCACGUCCGGGUCAGAAUGCCUAAAGAUCUUUCAAAUGCUUCAACGCGCUCCGGACUGAAAAAAUCACUGGAUGAGAUUCAGAAGCGAUUCCCUGAUGGCGUUGCCCUUCUUGACCCUAUUGAGAACAUGAACAUUCGGGAUGAUAGCUUCAAAAAGCUGCUCCGCAAAAUCGAGGUCCUGGAAUCCCGACUUUUGAGCAACCCGUUGCACAACUCGCCGCGCUUGGCCGAACUGUACGAUCAGUACGCCGCGAAGGUGGAUGUUGGUACGCAGAUCAAGGCUAUCCAGAAACAGAUCAGUGAUGCACAGGAGGUCAUCCAACUCGAUGAAUUGAAGAAUCGUCUUCGUGUGCUUCGCCGUCUCGGAUUCCUCAACGAAGCGGAUGUUAUUCAGUUGAAGGCUCGGGUCGCUUGUGAGAUCAGCACCGGUGACGAACUGAUGCUCAGCGAGUUAUUGUUCAACGGUUUCUUCAACGAUCUUACCCCGGAGCAAAUUGCAGCUAUGAUUAGUGUCUUUGUAUUUGAGGAGAAAGUCAAAGAAACACCUCCGCUGAACAAGGAUGAGCUGUCUAAGCCUCUCAGGGAAAUCCAAAAGAUGGCUCGAACCAUCGCUAAGGUUUCGCAGGAAUGCAAGAUGGCCGUCAACGAAGAGGAAUACGUCCAAAGCUUCCAUUGGGAGCUGAUGGAAGUAGUUUAUGACUGGGCUCAUGGCAAAUCUUUUGCCGACAUUUGCAAAAUGACCGAUGUCUACGAAGGCAGUCUGAUCCGUGUUUUCCGACGCCUGGAGGAGUGUUUAAGACAAAUGGCACAGGCUGCUAAGGCUAUGGGUAGUGAGGACCUGGAAGGCAAGUUCGAGGCUGCCCUCGGCAAAGUGCGUCGUGACAUUGUGGCUGCUCAGUCCCUGUACCUGUAG